CUUUGACACACACACACACACACUCGCACACACUGCUGUCCCCUCCUCUUUUUCUACUCUCAUCCUUCUCUCGUCCCUCUCCAUCUGCAUUGGUAAGCGCUAUCCUUCAUCUGCUGUACCAGCCCUGACUCUACACACGCAUGCAUGCACGCGCACUCUCUGUUUCUAUCUCUCUGUCUCUCUCUCUCUCUCACUCACUCACACACACACACACACACACACACACACACAGUCAUGCACAGAUAGACACGCUACUGGGGGAUUCCUCUAGCCCUGCUGCCGCUGCUCACUCUACCUGCCAUCUCCGCUGUGUGGAGCAUAGUAAGUCCCUCCUCUGUUCUAAUCACAGUCACUGCUUACACCAAGACAAAAGGAUGCAUCCUGUGAGAAGCUAUGCUGAACUGGCACUGGGAGGAACUGCUAGUGAAUCCUGAAGGACGUCUCUGUGAAUGAUCUCACAGGAUGCAGCGUUGCUGAAUGGGUACUAAGAGAGGUUGAAGAAGUAUAUUUGGAUAACAUCCGGAGCCUUCCCUGGGUCCAGAUAUCGGCUAUAUCCACACAACCAACCAGAAUUGGAGAACAAUUGAGGAGAAAGUCAAGGACGCCCUACUGCCUGCCCACCCCCCCACCCCACCCGCCCAGGAAGAGAGGAGCAAGAAAAUAAGCACUGAAGUGAAGAAGAGCUUAAUGACUUCCAGGGAAUCCUGAAAGAGCAACAUUGUGUGCUACCCAACAGGACAGAGGAACCAUGCAGACAAUAGCCUCAGCUGGGCUGUGUACCCUGGCCGCUAUGCUGCUAUUGGUAGGAUGCCUCAGAGCAGUUUCUGCCACUGAAGAUGAUGUCACUCCUCGUAUCAGCUUCCCUUACAAUGCAAAAGAAAGGUCAGCAAAGAGGUUCUCCGAAGACGGCGUCUUCAAUUACACUUCCCUCCUGCUCAGCCAGGAAGACGACACGUUGUAUGUGGGAGCCAGGGAGGCCCUGUUCGCCCUCAGCCUCUCCGACAUCAGCAAGACCAAGCUGCAGAAGAGUCUGACAUGGGACACCCCUGCAGGGAAGAGAGAAGAGUGCAGCUUCAAGGGGAAGAAUCUGCAGACUGAUUGCUUCAAUUACAUCAAGAUUUUGCUGCGCCUGAACAGCACGCAUCUUUAUGUGUGUGGCACAUACGCCUUCAGUCCCGUCUGUGCAUACAUAAACACAUCUACGUUCUCUCUGGAGCGGGAUGACACAGGGGAGGUGGUGAUGGAGGACGGACGCAGCAGAUGCCCCUUCAACCCAGAGUAUAAAUCCACCGCCAUAAUAGUCGAUGGAGAGUUGUACGCGGGCACGGUCAGCAAUUUCCAGGGAAACGAACCAGUGAUUUACAAGAGCCUAGGUCCUGGCACUGCUCUGAAAACAGAAAACUCUUUGAACUGGCUCCAAGAUCCAGCCUUUGUGGGGUCGGCUUACCUCCAGGAAAGCCAGCCGGCCGGAAACCCUGUGGGCGACGAUGACAAGAUUUACUUUUUCUUCAGCGAGGCUGGAAAGGAGUUUGAUUUCUUUGACAACACCAUUGUGUCACGGAUCGCUCGCGUGUGUAAGGGGGAUAAGGGAGGUGAAAGGGUGCUACAGAAGAAGUGGACCACUUUCCUGAAGACCCAGCUCCUGUGUUCCCUCCCAGACGAUGGCUUUCCCUUCAACAUCAUCCAGGAUAUGUUUGUUCUCAAGCCCAAUGGGGAGGGCUGGGAGAACACGGUGUUCUAUGGGGUCUUCUCCUCUCAAUGGUAUAAAGGUGCGUCGGGCAGCUCGGCAGUUUGUGCCUUUACAAUGGCCCAGGUGGAACGUGCCUUCAGCGGACGCUAUCGUGAGGUCAACAGGGAGACCCAGCAGUGGUACACCUACAACCACCCUGUCCCUGAACCCCGCCCUGGAGCGUGUGUGACAAACAGCGCCCGUGAAAUGAGCAUCCAGUCGUCCUUGCACAUGCCCGAUAAAGUUCUAAACUUUGUCAAGGACCACUUCCUAAUGGACAGCGUGAUUCGCAGCGCCCCCCUACUGCUGAAGCGCAGUGCGCGUUACACCCAGAUCGCCGUGCACAAGAUCCAGGGCAUGGAGAGGGCCUAUGAUGUGCUGUUCAUCGGCACAGACGAUGGCAAGCUGCACAAGGCUAUCAAUGCCAACGACAAGAUGCACAUCAUCGAGGAGAUGACCCUGUUUCCACAGCCUCAGCCGGUCCAACAUAUUGAACUAGACUCUCAGAGGGGUCUGUUGUUUGUGUCCUCCCACUCUGGGUUAGUGGAGGUACCGGUGGCCAACUGUUCAAACUACCAGAGCUGUGGAGAGUGUGUUCUGUCCAGAGACCCGUACUGCGCCUGGACUGGCCGGGUCUGCCAGGACGUCCGGAUGGCUCCUCCUGAUAGUCAUUGGCAGCAGGACGUGGAGGAGGCUGACACGUCAGCCAUUUGUAAUAAGACAGCGGCCAGCCCCCGUUCUGCUAGACCGCCCCCCUCCCGCGGUUCCCAAUGCCAGGUUAUUAUCAUCCCAGCCAACACCUUCAGGGUCCUGCCAUGCAAGCUCCGCUCCAACCUGGCAGAGAGGAGAUGGCAGUACAGCCAGAGUGCCAGCCAGUUCCUGUACGCCACCCCUGAGGGGAGCUUGGUAGUGGUGGCACAGGCUGACAAAGACGAGACCUACGAGUGCUGGUCGCAGGAGGAGGGCUUCAGGCAGCUGUUAGCCAACUACUGCGUAAAGGCGGAGCCCAGGCAGGAGAGCACCACCUUGAUUGGCCAUUCGCGGACCCCCCACAUCGAUCACGAGGAGUCCAUCAUCCUGCCUGGCGAAUCACAUUCGGCUCAGAUCAACGCAAAGACCUACUGGAAUGAACUGAUUGUGGUGUGUGCCCUGCUAGCAUUCUCCUUGGUGGUUUUCUCCCUGUUCGUGGUCUACAGGAACCGUGACCGCAUGAAAUCCAUGCUAAAGAAGGGGGAGUGUCCGAACAUGCAGCAGAAGAAGGCCAGGAUCGUAGGGAAGCCUGCGGAGAGUUUACCCCUCAAUGGCAACACCAUCCCCGUCUCCACCUCCGACCACAAGGGCUACCAGACGCUCAAUGACAACUACAUCUGCAGCACGCCCACCCACGAGUCCUCGCCAGACAACAGCAAGAGCUUCUCCGAGUCUGAGAGACGGCUGCUGAACCUGAAGGAGAGCCACGUAGAGAUCUCCCCCACCUGCCCCCGGCCCCGAGUACGACUGGGCUCCGAGAUCAAGGAUUCGAUAGUAUGAGAGAGGGCAAAAGUGGCUGGCAGAAAUGCUGAUGGACUGUAUCUCAGUGGGAUAUAGGCUCAGCCAUCCAGCUCCCAUCACAGCACAGAAGGCCAUCUCUUUUCUUUUUCUGUCAUCCUUUUUUUGGGUUAAAGCAUUGCUGCUCCAGAGUCGGUGUCUAUUUGCAUGUGGGUGUGAGUCCCCAUGUCAUGAAGAUAGUAGCGAGCCUGCCCUUCUGCUGACAUCACCAAACCACAACGACCGCAAAGAAUGGCCAUAAUACAACCGUCUUCAUUUGCCGAGUUAUUUUCGUACCCACUUAUUAUACAUGAAUGUGCUGCAGAUGUGAACCAUCACAGUCUUACUAUUAGUCAAAUAAGCUACAAGUAAGCAUUCUGCAUUGUCCUUCAUCACAUAAGUCAGAAAUGGCAAAAAAAAGAAUAAAUGUAACACCCAUUCUACACGUGCAUGUGAGUAAGACACACGCCACCGUCAGGGGAUAAACAAUGCCUGGGAGGAACAUGACAGUGGUCCAGCAAGCUUCUGUUCGUGAAAUUGACGUGGAGCCAAGUAAGGUGGGUAUGAUUACAUAUGGCUCCUGCCUACCCUCUCUGGGCUGAACAAGCAUUAUGGGAGCCACUGUUCAACAAGGCACAUGGGGACUGACUGACAGCAGUACAUUUUCCUGAGAGAAUCAGAGCUGAACUUACCUCUUAAAACCUUGGAGCUGCUCAGAGAUAAACACUCAGUUGCCAUGGAGCCUGAUGUGUGGUCAGACUUGGAAGCAGGGUCUCUGACUUUGUGUCCACUCUACCACAAUUAGACACUUUUCUCAGUAUUGAACUGCAAAGGCAGUAAGGUCUUGUGAAAAAGGAUGGACUCGCCUGAACUGGGACAGACUUUCACAGACGUGAAUACAAAUUCUAUCUAGGGACUGGGAGAUUAUUAGAGGAACACAGGUCCUGUUCCACCAGAGGACGUUUCCGGACGCAAGUAAGACAUGGACACCACCCUGUCCUCAAGGCUGAACCAAAAUCAUUGCACACUGUCCCAAGAAUGUCUUUGAUUUUUCAGUGUGCCAUGACUAGUGUCAUUUUCUUGCAACUGCUCUGUGAACUGCCUUCUGUCAGCUUUGAUCACUGUUAAAGAAGAGUACAUGUUACUGAACCAGUUCAUAAAAAGGGUUGACAACUGUCUCUUUGUCCUGCACUGUGAACUAAGGGCCCAGUGUAGAGCAGAGCUGUAUUCACCCCAGGUACCAUACACAUUCCUACAAGUCUUGGCACUCACUCCAUGACCACAAUCAGUCAGACCAUGUGAAACAUUAAAGCACAAGGGAAUGGGGAUUGAACACUUUCAAGUCGUUUGCACAUUUCAGUUAUUUUAUGCUUAACCGAGGAGCAGUCUUGUGUGAGACACUACUGAAAGUUGUGGGGUUAUACUGAUCCAGAUAUGUCAUCCACUUGUACAACUAUAUUGAACUAUAGAACAGGGACCAUUUUUGAAAUUGUUAAUUGUGAUGACUAAUUUCCAAAGAUGUAGCAAACUCAUGGUAACUAUAACCAGCCAUAGGGAGAGAAUGGCACGUACAGUAUUGUGGAAUGUAUCCCCAAUGUUAUGUAUCGAUGAAUUAAUGUAUUCCAAAAUGCAAACAAUAUUUUGCUUUAUCUAACAUCAAGGAACUUUUAAAAAGCUACGUGUCUGCUACAUUUUGACAAAGUAAUUGCACAAGGAGCAUACUGCGUAACAAUGGUCACAGUGGUUUAAUGUAUAUAUACCUGUACUUAUAUUGUGUGUGAAGGGAUCUGGUGCAAGAUGUGUUGUGGUAGAGAUAGUCAUGUACGUGAGAGUGCCCACUGCUGAAAUGUUCUUUUGCUUACUGCCUACUUCUGCGUACUUUCUUCUGGCACAAACUACUGCACACAAGUAUGUCGUCAGCUAGCGAUCAAAGCCUAGACACAUUUUGAAAUGCCUUCAGACACCAUCGAGUCCUGCCUUUAGCCACGUGCCACAUACUGUCCAAUGUAACGCUACUAGGUGGUGACCUCACCAACGGUACAUUGUAGUAGUUAACAUGUUUGAUUGUAGCCCACCAGGAGCGUAACUAACAAACUAAACUACACGGAUUGACAUCUGAAUGGAGCCUUACCAAGGACAUCAUUCCACCCAAGCUUGUGCUAUAUUCCACCUAACAGUCAGGACUAGGAGCUGCUCCGCUUUUCGUUUUUUUACUUGUAUUGGAUUGUGUCAAAAAUGUAUUUUCAGGCUACUGUAGACUUGCUGAAAAUUAAUCUAUGUGUAAAAGUUGUCUACCUGUGAAUCUCACAUGGAGAUGUUAUACCGUUACUUGAUAUUUGUACUUACAGGUCGAUUAAGCCAGAAGGUAAAUAUUUGCGUGGAGCUUAUGACAAUUUUUAUUUAUUUUGACACAAGCUGAAGAUUAAGGUAAAGGAUAUUCUCAAAGACACACAUUGUUUUGCCUGAUAUUUUGGGCAGCUCCCAUGGUGAAUGUAGCUGUUAUCUAAGUGAAUCAGAUGUUCAGGUCUUAGCAUCUCUAAGAACAAUGCAGAACUCUAUUUUAUUUAAAAGCAGGAUAAUAAGUUGCCUCAUUAUUUUACUCUAAUAUUGGGCACAGUGUACUGUACUUUAAUAAGGUAACUAUAGAAACAAAUGGAAAUAUUGUUGGGUCGCCACGGUUUAUUAAAUAGUAUCACAAUUCUAUUCCUGUCCAUACAACAAUUCAUGAAACACUCCAGUUAGCCUCCCAGUUACAGUAUGACAAUAAUGUACACCAUAUGUUUAGUUGACUGAAAUAUUGACUUAACAUGGUCCUCUAUGGCCUGCAUGAAAAUGUUUUUUAAUGGACCUGUUGUGUACAAAACUGUUGUGAACUGUAUUACUUGUAUUAUACAUUAUUAUUGUGACAGUUGUUUUUAUUAUAUUGUACAUACAAAGCACUUUAUUUUAAUUUUUUAAGAUAAAUAAAUGUUUUUGAAUAUA